GCUAACCAGGAUUUAAAUUAGUAUCCUGGUUGCACCAUUUUGCAGUUUCGCCACUGGUUCACGGUGACUGAUCUCCCCCUUUUGCUACACGGAAACGUCACAGACGCGUAGUUGUGGCGGCGUGCCGUUGUAGCGAGAUCCAACUCCCUUAAAAGAGCCGAGUUUCCCAUCAAUCCAAUGAAGCUCGCGGGCUGAGUGAGUGAAUUGUUCGUUGUCGUCGCGAACCUUUGAACGACUUGUUCAUGACUCGCACAUCUGUGGUGUCACAUCCGCCCCGCUGACAAAGAGGCGGCAAAUAGUUGUGAUAGGUACGCUGCUUUUAUACGCUUUAAAACCCUAAAAAACUUUAUUUUAUACAUAAUCCCAGGGAGAAACAAAGCAACCGCUAGCCUUUUGCUCCGUCAUCACGAGCCGUUUGUAGGCUAAGCUAAUGCUACGUCGCUAGCAGGCGACACAAUUCUGUUGUCUACUCAUAGCCUGACAGUGAACGAGCAGCUGUCCCUUGUAACUUCAGCUAGAAUUGGAGCGCGACAUGUCAAAGAGGAAAAGUAGUCCUGUUAGUGUCAAUCCCCACAAACGGGCCAAACCAGUGGAACAUGACGAAGAGGAGGAGGAAGCAGUGGGAAAGAAAGGUGAUCACGGCACUCAUAAAGGAGGGUCUCGAUUUAGUAAACAGGUGGCAAGUGGCGGACAGAUGGUUAGUGAUGCAGGGAUCGUGGAAAGCAUCACACUGAAGAACUUCAUGUGCCACGCCCUCUUAGGACCUUUUACUUUUGGACCCAAUGUCAACUUUGUUGUCGGCAGCAAUGGAAGUGGAAAGAGCGCCGUCCUGACUGCCCUCAUAGUCUCAUUAGGUGGGAACGCACAGGCCACAAACAGGGGAGCAUCUCUCAAGGGUUUUGUGAAGGAAGGUGAAAGCACGGCUGAUGUAUCCAUCACACUGCGCAACAAAGGAAGGGACGCCUUCAAACCCGAGGUGUAUGGUCCAGCCAUCAUUAUAGAUGUGAAGCUAACCCGUGAUGGAGUGAGAACGUAUAAAAUAAAGAGCAAAACCGGCCAUAUUAUCUCCAGCAAAAAGGAAGAGCUUGAGUCUAUUCUGGACAAUUUUAAUAUUCAGGUCAACAAUCCUGUGUCAGUUCUCACCCAAGAGAUGAGCAAAUACUUCCUACACUCCAAAGGGGAAGGGGACAAAUACAGGUUUUUCAUGAAAGCCACACAACUGGAGCAGAUGAAAGAUGACUUUGUGCACAUUAAAACUACCAAACGUCUCACUGAAGAUAAAGUGGAGCAACACGGUGAGUGCUUGAAAGAGCUCAAGAGAAAGUCCCAGGAGAAAGAGGACAGAUACAAGAACCUGGCAUCGCUUGACGAGAUGCAAACCAAGCUGGAGGAAUUACAGAAGCAGAUGGCCUGGGCGAUGGUGUCUGAGACGGAGAAAGACUUGGAACCAGUAAGAGAGAAGCUGCAGGCGGACAAAUGUUCCACUGAAAAAUAUGAUGAAAAAGUGAAAGAAUGCAAGAACAAGGUCAAGGAGUCUGAGAAGAUAUACAAACACAUCCAGGAACAGUUGGAAGGGAUCACACAACAGGUCCAGGAGCUCCAACCCAAAUGUGCUGAGUUGAAGGCCGAAGCACAGAAACGGAAUGCCCUACUCAAGUCCAGUGAGGUCACAGUCCACAGAUGCAACACUAACGUGAGGGUCCUAGAAAAGGACAAGGCCCAGCUGUCCUCCAGGAUAAAUGAUCUGAAGCUGAGCAUCACUCAGAUAAGUGGGUCAGAAAGCAAGGCCAAGGCGGAGCGUAUGCAACAAAUAGAGACCGAACUGGAAGAUCUGACUCACCAGAUCACAACACUGGAUCAGCAGAUCGAUCAGUAUCAACACGCCUCCCAUCGUGCAAAGGAGGAGCAUGGAAAAUUAAAGAAAGAGCACAACCUACUCAGUCAUUCCAUAGAAGCCAAAACUAAGAAUUUGCGCACCAUGGAAGACAGUCGAUCCAAUCGGCUGCGGCGCUUUGGGGAGCACAUGCCCGCGCUGCUCAAUGCCAUCCAGGAGGCUCACAAAAGAGGCCUCUUCAAGCACAGACCCCGAGGACCUCUAGGUCACCUUAUCACUCUGAAGGACCCAGAGCUGGCUCUCGCCAUAGAAGUGUGUCUGAAAAGUCUUCUGCAGGCCUUCACUUGUGACAAUUACGAUGAUGAGAAAGUGCUGAAGGGGCUCAUGGACAAAGUGUUUCCGGGGGGCCGUCGGCCUCCCAUUAUCACCGGUCAAUUUAUCACACAUGUCUAUGAUACAAGAAAGAGGGCGGUGAAUCACCCGGACUAUCCCUCUGUGCUUCAAGCUCUAGAAAUCGAGGACCCAAUUGUGACCAACUGCCUGAUCGAUCAGAAAAGUAUCGAGAGCAUUUUGCUUAUUAAGAAUCGCACCGAGGCUCGACAAGUGAUGCAGUCCAGACACCCUCCUCCCAACUGCCACCAGGCUUUCUCCAAGGACGGCGAUCAGAUCUUCACCGACCGCAGUUACACAGCCGAGCAGACUCGAGCCAACUACCUCUCUGGAGAUGUCGAGGAAGAGAUACGACACCUGCAGAGAGAGCUGGAGAACCAAAAAGCUCAGGCGUCGACUUUGCAGCACGAAAUCAAGAAGUUAGAUGACGACAUCAGGCAGAACGAGAGGCUGGAGAAGAGAGCCCAUUCAGAGCAGAAGAAUGCCAAUGAUAAAUCCACAAAGUUAAAACUGGAGCUCUCUGACCUAGAGAAUAUGGAAGAGCCUCAGAUGGAGGACCUCAAGCCACUGGAGGAGGAUCUUCAGGAGAUCGUCGCUAAGAUCUCAUCAAAAAGGACAGAGUACGAGGAGAUGCUAGCUCAGAUGAGCGAGCUCAAAGUGUCCUACGAGAAGGCGGAGCAAGAGUACAGGCAGCACAAGGAACGCAUCAGUACCAUCACUGAGGACGCCGACUCAAUCAAGGAGGAGCUGAUCAAAGCGGACCAGGACGUGGUGAGAUGCAAGCAUCACAAGAAGCACUAUGACGAGAAACGCAGCGCCCAUCUGCAAAGCAUCCAGGAGUUGGAAGCCACGCUGAAGAGCAAGGAGCAGGACCUUCAGGAUGACAUUUCCAAAGCCAAACAGAUUUGUCCGGAGCGCCUGGAUGUGUGUCGGACCGCCAGGAGUUUAGACACAGAGAUCAGCCGCCUCAGGAAGAAGAUCGACGACCAGGAGAAGCAGGAGGGGGACCGCUUGGAGAUUAUCAGGCAGUACCAGGAGGCGCUGGUGGAGUACAAGAACAUGGCUCAGCAAAUGAAGAACCUCAAGAUGUUCAUCAAUAGCCUGGAUACUGUUAUGAAAAAAAGACUUCAGGCUUACACUGAACUCAGAAGGUCCCUGACUGCAAGGUGUAAAUGUUACUUUGACAGCAUGCUGGCCCAGAGGGGCUACAUGGGAAGCAUGACCUUUGACCACAAGAACGAAACCCUCUCCAUCUCUGUGCAACCGGGUAAAGGAAACACGGCCGACAUGAGCAACAUGCGCUCUCUGUCGGGGGGCGAGCGCUCCUUCUCCACAGUCUGCUUUGUGCUCUCUCUCUGGGCCAUCACUGAGGCGCCUUUCCGCUGCCUGGAUGAAUUUGAUGUUUACAUGGACAUGGUGAACAGAAGGAUCUCAAUGGACAUGAUGCUGAAAGUGGCUGACGGCCAACGUUACAGACAAUUCAUUUUCCUGACGCCACAGAGCAUGAGUUCUCUUCCAGAGAGUACACUAAUCAGAAUCCUCCGUCUCAAGGAUCCUGAUAGGGACCAAAACUCAGAACGCAAGGAAAAUAAGGUGUGAACCUGAUAAGACAUGAGUUACGACAUGCUGAAUAACUGCAAUAUAUUUAAAAAAAAA